CCUGUCAGUUGGGGCAGCGGGAAUACUCCCGGGAUGUUCCUGAGCUGUCAUUAUUCCCCGGGGGCCUCCUCCUGUAUCAGUGAGUGCCCGAGCAGGCCGACUUCACUUCUGGCCGCAGCUGCUCUCUGCAGGGGAAGAUGCUGGAGAGGGUCCUCACCUUUCUGUUCCCUAACCUGGCCUCUAAAGAGGAGCCCUCACAUGGUGGGGAGCAGGAUGAGACAGAGGGGGGCAAGGCACCAAUGGCACAGGAGAGUUGCAUAGAGGACUUCAAAGUUCUCAAUCUCCUUGGCAAAGGCUCGUUUGCCUGUGUGUACAGGGCCCAGUCUAUCAACACUGGCAUCGAUGUAGCCAUCAAAAUGAUAGACAAAAAAGCCAUGCAGAAGGUUGGAAUGGUGCAGAGAGUCCGAAAUGAAGUUGAGAUCCAUUGUCAGUUAAAACACCCUUCUAUCCUGGAGCUGUAUAAUUAUUUUGAAGACAGCAAUUAUGUGUAUCUGAUUCUUGAGAUGUGCCACAAUGGGGAGAUGAACAGGUUUUUAAAGAACAGGAAAAAACCUUUCUCUGAAGAUGAAGCCCGUCAUUUUAUGCACCAAAUUGUUACCGGAAUGCUGUAUCUUCAUUCACAUGGUAUAUUACAUCGGGAUCUUACCCUUUCCAAUCUACUGCUGUCUAGUGACAUGAAUAUCAAAAUUGCAGAUUUUGGCUUAGCAACUCAGUUGAAAAUGCCAAAUGAGAAGCAUUUUACUAUGUGUGGCACACCAAACUACAUUGCUCCUGAAAUUGCUACACGGAGUGCUCAUGGCCUUGAGUCAGAUGUCUGGUCCUUGGGAUGUAUGCUGUAUACUUUUCUUGUUGGAAGACCACCUUUUGACACAGACACUGUAAAGAAUACGCUGAAUAAAAUUGUACUGGCAGACUAUGAAAUGCCUGACUUUGUGUCAAGGGAGGCCAAAGACUUAAUAUUUCAGUUGCUAAGAAAAAACCCAGCAGAUCGGUUAAGCCUUUCAUCAGUUUUAGACCAUGCAUUUAUGACUGGUUUCUCUAAUGUCCAAAGUAAAGUUAUGGGAGCUGUUGAGGACUCCAUUGAUAGUGGGCAUGCUACAAUCUCCACUGGUUUCACUGGCUCUUCUGGAGUUAGUAUAAGUGGCCGUUUUCAGGAGAAAAGGAUCUUGUCUGGCCCUUCCCUCCCUAACAAAGUCAAUAUAUUCCAAUUUAGGGAUAAGCAUCCUGCUGAAAGAUCAAAUGGUGGAAGCUUUCAUAAUACACAGAGGGAAAAUAAUGACUUUUCUGAGGGCAAUGGAAGGAAAACUGUUGCCUGUGAGGACAGACCACAUUCUCGUUACCUGCGAAGGGCUCAUUCCUCUGACAGGUCAGGAACUUCUCAAAGCCAAACUUAUGGUAAACCAAGCAGCUUUUCAGAGAGGUGCCAUUCAGUGGAGAUGCUUGCUAAACCAAGUAAUUUAAAGGGCUAUUGUACUUCUUCGCCACCUAAAAGCUAUGGAGAUAUUCCACAGAUGUUUACAGAUGAACGUUCUUUGGAGAGACACACUUCUCCCCCAGUAAAAGAAAAAACCCCUUCUGAGUUCAUGUGCCCAGCAAAGCAAAUUACUCCAAGAUCCGGCGAUAAGUGCCAAGCUGAAACUGUUCAACAGUGGUUUGGAGCAAUGCAAUUAAAUGGUAAAUUUAAAAAUACGCCAGAUACAAGCAGUGUUAGUAACAUGGGUGGAGAUUUCUACAGCCAACAGACCAUGCAAAAUGGAGCUCCGCAAUAUGCCUGGAAUGAUGUAAAGAGGAAAAAAGAUACAGACUCCUCCGUUGAGAGUGUCCUGCGAGGAAUAAGUAAACUCCCUUCUGGACAGCACAAGGCUGAAAAAAGUCAGUUUGGGGAGCAGAGCAAAGCCAGGGUACCACAGCAGGCAUUUGGAUCCAGUACCCUGCGAUCCAUUAUUUCUCCAUUAAAUGCGGAAAGAUUGAAACCAAUCAGACAAAAAACAAAGAAUGCAGUGGUUAGUAUCCUUGAGACCGGAGAAGUCUGUAUGGAAUUCCUAAAAGAGCAAAAUUCUCAAGAACGUGUAAAAGAGGUGUUAAGGAUAUCUUGUGAUGGAAAUUUGAUUUAUGUGUAUCAUCCAAAUGAAGGGAAAGGUUUUCCUUUAGUUGAGAGACCUCCAUCUCCUCCAGAAAACAUGCGCAGUUACACUUUUGACAGUUUACCAGAAAAAUAUUGGAAAAAAUAUCAGUAUGCUGCAAAGUUCAUACAACUCGUACGAUCUAAAAUGCCAAAGGUUACCUACUACACAAGAUACGCAAAGUGUAUGUUAAUGGAAAAUGGUCCCAAUGCUGAUUUUGAAGUCUGCUUCUAUGAUGGAGCAAAGAUCCAUAAGACCCCUGAUUUGAUAAGAGUCAUAGAGAAAUCUGGAAAAUCAUACACCGUGGAAGGGAGUAGAUUGAGCACCUUGUCUGAUCAAGUUCGAUCGUAUGUGAAUCAUGCCAAUGAGAGCCAUUGCGUUUGCCUUUCUUUGGAAUCUGCAAUCAACACAGAGGAGAAAAAGGGUGAAAAUAUUUCUUUGUUUCCAAUAACGUUUGGCAGGAGGCCAGCUAUAACAGAAUCUCCUAGGACACAACUAACUAUAGAUAGUGCUAGAGAAAGAAAAGAUGAGCAGAGUUCUGCUAACAGAGUAUUACACAGCAGUGCAACGUCUCCACCCCAGAUGCCUAACAUUAAUCCCUCUCUUAUUUCCUAUGAGGGUUCUGUAUUCUCUGCUACCACCGCCCAACCUUCACCACCUACUUCAAAUACUCUCAAGACUCAUGCUCCAGAUCGUGCUCAGGUCCUAAAAUCUGUUUUUGUUGAAAAUGUAGGCUGGGCAUCUCAGUUAAACAGUGGAGCAGUAUGGGUCCAGUUCAAUGAUGGAUCACAACUUGUUGUUCAACCAGGGGUCUCCUCCAUAAUUUAUACCGCACCGAAUGGACAGAUAACAAGACAUGGGGAGAAUGACAAACUUCCAGAGUACAUCAAAAGCAAGUUGCAGUGUCUCUCCUCCAUUCUAAUGCUCUUUGCAAGUUCAUCAAGUCACUAAUGAGAGAAAGGCAGUGCCGUACAACACAACCACAAUUUGCCAAAUGAAUGCAAGCCUUCAGAAGCGCUAUGGAAAAGUAGUGCCUGCUGAGCCCUGUGAUCUCUGUUGGCUAUAAAAUACCAGCCUCCCCUGGAUUCUGUCUCAUCACAGCAUUUGUGUUGCCAUUCAAUAGGCAGCUCAUUUUCUUUGUAAAUAUAAAGAGUAACACUUCUAGUAUUUUGUGAUAAUGUCUUUCUUCAGAUUCCUUUAAUGUAUUUUUCUACUGUAAGUUGGGGGGUUCAGUCAUUUAUAUCAUGAAUGUCACAUCUUUUACUAUAUAUUUGUACAUGUAAAUGUUGUAUGUUUUGUACAAUUCAAAAAGUAUAUUUUUUAUUUUUGUUAACUUAUUUUGUAUUCACAGUUUAACAAAAUAUUACUGCAACAACAAAACAAUUAAAAACUGCAGUGAAAUAA